CGAAGGCAAGCUUCCCCGUCAUCGAUCCUUAUUUCGAAGAAGAUUGUGGUCCAUGGCGACGGAGGAGCCAAGGCCCAGGGAGGACGCGCAGGAAGGCGGCGAAGGGGAGUCGCUGCCACAGAAGGCUGGCCAGACGGAGGAGGAGCCUGUCGAUGGCAAGGUGACGCUCGAGCAGGAAGAAGCUCGGGAGGAACUAGGCGUAGAAGGCGAGCCAGUAGGACAAGGCGCCGAGAGCGAAGUAAAAGAGCAAGAUGCCAAAGAAAACGAAGAUUUUGAAAAGCAAGACAACAGCGACUCUGACGACAAGGUGGCUGCUGAGGAGGCAAAGGUCAUAGAGGACGUCGACAAGGGUGCCGUCCAAGCAGCACACGACAAGCCCGCGACUGAAGAGGGCCAGGUGCCGGUGGUCAAGCACAAUCGCGUCGAGAGCAUCGAGGCGCCGAACCGAAAGCCAGCGGCACUUGGAGCAUCGCCUGCCUCGCUGGACGAGCAUCGAAGCAAUCUAGGUCUGGGACCCUCUUCGUCGUUGGGCGAUGCAGCAGGAUCUGAGCCGAGACGGACCCCCUCGCAGGCGGGCCUACAGGCUGAUAUGACACAGAACCGGCACGAAAGCACCAAGGACAAUGCCAGGGCCUACCAGCCCCCACCACCCCGGUCCUACCUCCAACUUCGGGCAAUGGUGCUUCAGCUGCCCAACGCUUCGUCGACGAGCACCAACAAUCCACCCACGCUCAUCCUCGAAGGACGGACAAACAUGUCGAUGGCGCGCCGGUCCUACUAUCCUCGCAUCACUCGCACCCUGCCCGAGCUUCAGCUCUGGGUACUCGUACUGACGCUCAGCUUUCCCGCGUCUAUCUUCUCGCCCUUUCAGUACCCACCGCCGUCGAUGAUGGCGGGGGGAAGCAUCCAGGAUGGCGACCCAACAGUGAGGGCGUACCUCUACCAGACUACGAACCAGCUUGCGAGGAUCCUCUUGAAGCCCCAUGUCCUUCAGCAUCCUGCCACCGCAGCCCUGAUCGACAGCGACUUCAGCUACGUGCCUCCGUUCCCCAACGUCGCCGUCGAAGGAAGAGUGCGGACCAAGGAGAUCCUCGAUCGAGCUAUCGCAAUGACGCGUGCCGGUCAGGACCCUCUCCGGCCAAAGAAAGGAGGUGCCGCGGCUGCCAACAACUCAACCUUUGACGUCGACGGUGUGGCGGCGGCCCUCGGUCUGCCAGCCCAGUACAACAAUUCGAAUGGUGCAGGAGGAUCAUAUGCUUCUUCAUCUCAGGCCCAGUCGACCACUCGCAACCCGCUGUCCAUCUUUGCGCGGGGCAACAAUGCCAGCCCGCAGCGAAUUGCACAGCACCAGCCGGUCUUGUUGCCGCCGGGCGAGGAGGAUCCGGACGAGGAGGAGCUCGCGGUGGCCAGGAACGAAGUGACGAGACUCGAAGUGCAAUUCGAGAGAGCUGCAAGGGCUGCACAGGCUGUUGUUGAGAGGAAUGGUGCCAUGAGCGCCAUGGUGGGCCAACUAGCACGGAGUCUCUCGGAUCUGGGCGAGCUCGACUCGGUCCGGACCGUGGCGAAGCGCUUGAGGGAGGAGGAGAUGCUCGCACACGUCGCAAAGGGUCUUGAGGCCUGGUCGGCAGGCGAAGGCGGAUCGACAUCGAACCUCUCGUCGACGCUUAUCCCGACACUUGCCUAUCAGUCCUUUAAUGCUCGCACGGCCAUCGAUGCGCUCCUUCGACGAGCAGCCGCCGCGACGCACCGGCACGGGUCGCUGGUCAACCUGGUCCAGAAGCGUCGCGAGGCAGAGCGGCUCAAGCGCAACAGGGGCGAGAUCCGACAGGACGAGGUCGACUGGAUCCUUGGCGAGCUCAGAGAGGCACAGAGGACUACGUCUGUCUUGACGCAUCACCUCGCUGGCUUUACCGAGACGCUGAGAGAGGACCUCAAGGCGCAUUCGAGGCAUGCCCAUGCUGACUUGCAGGCCAGCAUGCCUGACGAGGACGAGGGAUGGGCUCGUGGCGAGCCGAGAGGGCAAGAGCAUUGCUGCAUUGAUGGCGCAGCAGCAGAGGGAGCGCGAGGAGGCGGAGAGCGCAAAGACCGCUGCUGCUGCUGCUGCUGCCGAUGGUGA